AUGUUGGACAAAAAACUGGAACCUUUGAUGAAGGAGUAUAGCUUGGACAUGCAAUAUCUUCCAUAUGUCAACAAGUACCUGCAACCCUUGUGGGAGCAUGUUGUGCAGCUGUCUUGUGCAUCAGAUAAUAACUCAGAGUUGGAGUUGGAUGAACUUCAAGUUCCUGAUAACAUCUUUGAUGGUACACAUGACCCUUGGAUGGUACUAGGCUUUGAUGUAAUGGGUUCUGGCAAUAAUGACACACAGAGAGGACAUGUUUCUCCAUCAUGGCAGGGAUCCCUAGAAGCCAACAUUCAGGAACCUGCAGGAAUGGAGGCAUUCACAGCUAUGCUAUGUAACCUGAGGCUUUUGAAAGAUGAGGUGCAGUUGGGAGUGGUUGUGAAAUUCCUUAAACUGGUUGACACCAGAGGAAGUACCUUAACUCCUGUGGUUUGGAUGCAUCCAAUUGUUUCCACCAUUCAGAUGGUCACAAUUGGCCAUGUCUUGAGGAAGCUCAAAUUACACUUCAAGUGGUUGCCUUGGUGUACUCUCAAGAAAGACCUGGAGAAGCACAGGUUUGCACUGGUCAAUUGGCUGGCUGGAGUUCUCCACAAAUGUGGUGACAGAGGAAUCCAUGACCUGAGUGCUGUGGAAGUGGACAAACUCUACAAGGCUGUUGCAUGUCUGACAAAACUCACCAUCUACAUAUUCAUCACUGCCCACUCACAUUGA